AUGUUUAUCUUCAAGGCCUCGCUGUUUUUGGCUGUCGCGACUAUCGCGGCUCUCCUCUGCGCUCAGCCCGCAGAGGCAGCGAAGGGCCCGAAGAUCACCAACAAGGUCUACUUCGACAUCAAGCAUGGUGACCAGGAUAUGGGCCGCAUUGUGAUUGGUCUCUUCGGUGGUACCGUCCCCAAGACCGUCGAGAACUUCCGUGCUCUGGCAACCGGUGUGAAGAAGGACGGCGAGAAGCUCCCCGAGGGCUUCGGAUACAAGGGCUCGAAGUUCCACCGUGUUAUUAAGCAGUUCAUGAUUCAGGGUGGUGACUUCACUCGUGGUGACGGUACGGGUGGCGAGUCCAUCUACGGUGCCAAGUUCGCCGACGAGAACUUCAAGCUCAAGCACACUGGUCCUGGCUUCCUCUCCAUGGCUAAUGCUGGCAAGAACACCAACGGCUCCCAAUUCUUCAUCACUACCGUUGUCACGAGCUGGCUCGAUGGCAAGCACGUUGUAUUCGGCAAAGUGCUCGAGGGUAUGGACGUUGUCUACGCCAUCGAAAACGUUCCUAAGGGUCGCCAAGAUAAGCCCCUCGAGGAUGUCAUCAUCGUCGAGAGUGGCGAGCUGGAGAUGGAUCUUGAGGUGGAUGAGGAAGGGAACCAGGUUGACUCUCCCGCUGCAGCCCCUGCUGCACCCGUCAAGCCCGUCGAGAACACCCCUGCCGCACCUGCGGCGGACCUUGAGAAGCCCGUUGAGGAGGCCGCUGCCGCCUCUGAGAUCGACGAGGUCGUACGCCCCACGAGUGGCUCGACGAUUAUCUUCGGCGGCAUCUUUGUGCUUGUCGCCGGUGGCGUAAUCUUCUACGCCAUGGGUGGUGCGCGUGUCGUGCGCAGGCUGCUCGCCACCCAUCUGGGAGUUGGGAAGUCCAGCUACCGCAAACUUGCUUCGGAGGAGCCAUAG